AUUUUGACCAAAUAACGGAUUCCUUUUCGCUUGUGACGUGUUGUAUUUUGUAAAUUAUGUUGUUUUAAGACAAUUUAAUUAAUUAAAACAAAUUUGUACUGUGAGCAUUGCAAUAACGAAGCACUAAACACUAUGUUAAGUUUACGGGAGAGGCAAAUAAAUGCAAUUAAGCAAAUGCUUAAUUUAAACUCGCAGCAGCCAAAAGCUUUAGCUGCCGAGCCCGUGUGGAAGAUAUUGAUAUACGAUCGCGUAGGCCAGGACAUUAUCUCGCCCAUUAUAUCCAUUAAGGAAUUGCGCGAGCUCGGCGUGACGUUGCAUGUGCAAUUGCACUCGGACCGUGACUCUAUACCCGAUGUGCCCGCCGUAUACUUUUGUCUGCCCACCGAUGAGAAUCUCGAUCGCAUCCAACAGGACUUCUCCAAUGGUUUAUACGACAUUUAUCAUCUCAACUUUCUUGCACCCAUCACGAGGAGCAAGAUCGAGAAUCUGGCAGCUGCGGCGUUGCAUGCUGGCUGUGUGGCCAACAUACAUCGUGUCUACGAUCAGUAUGUGAACUUCAUCAGUCUCGAGGAUGAUUUCUUCAUUCUCAAGCAUCAGCAGAGCGAUCAACUCUCCUAUUAUGCCAUCAAUCGAGCCAACACUCGUGACGAGGAGAUGGAAGCACUAAUGGAUUCGAUUGUGGACUCGCUAUUUGCACUGUUUGUCACGCUGGGGAAUGUGCCCAUCAUACGCUGUCCGAGGAAUAGUGCUGCUGAGAUGGUGGCCCGCAAACUAGAGAAAAAACUACGUGAGAAUUUGUGGGAUGCGCGUGCAAAUCUGUUUCACAUGGAUGCAACGCAAGCAGGAGGCGGCGUGUUUAGCUUUCAGCGGCCAGUGCUGUUACUGCUGGACAGGAACAUGGAUCUGGCGACGCCGCUGCAUCACACGUGGUCCUAUCAGGCGAUGGUGCAUGAUGUGCUCGACUUGGGGCUGAAUCUGGUCUAUGUGGAGGACGAGGCAGCAGCUGCCACAGCCGGUACACGCAAGAAGCCCAAAGCCUGUGAUUUGGAUCGCACAGAUCGUUUCUGGGUCACGCACAAGGGCAGCCCGUUUCCCACAGUGGCCGAGGCGAUUCAAGAGGAGCUCGAGUCGUAUCGCAACUCGGAGGAGGAAAUCAAACGCCUCAAGACCUCGAUGGGCAUCGAAGGCGAGUCCGAUAUUGCCUUUUCGCUGGUCAACGACACGACUGCCCGGCUGACGAACGCUGUCAACUCACUGCCGCAGCUGAUGGAGAAGAAGCGUCUGAUUGAUAUGCACACCAAGAUUGCCACUGCUAUAUUGAAUUAUAUCAAGGCGCGUCGCCUAGACUCGUACUUUGAGAUCGAGGAGAAAAUCAUGUCGAAGCAGACGCUCGAUAAGCCGCUGCUCGAGUUGUUGCGCGAUGUUGACUUUGGACAGCCUGAGGAUAAGUUGCGUCUGUACAUUAUCUACUACAUUUGUGGCCAACAACUGCCCGAAGCGGAGCAGGAACGCUUGAGAGAGGCGCUCCACGCUGCUGGCUGCGAUUUGACAUCUUUGGCCUAUGUACAACGCUGGAAGGCAAUCAUGAAUCGCUCGCCGAGCAUUAGCCAGGCAACGCAAUACGAAGGCGGCGGCACACGAACUGUUUCCAUGUUCACAAAACUCGUAUCGCAGGGCAGCUCUUUUGUGAUGGAGGGCGUCAAGAAUCUGGUGGUUAAACGUCAUAACUUGCCGGUCACCAAGAUCACGGAGCAGGUGAUGGAGUGUCGCAGCAAUGCAGAGACAGACGACUAUUUGUAUCUGGAUCCCAAACUGUUGAAGGGCGGCGAUGUGCUUCCCAAGAAUCGUGCACCAUUCCAGGAUGCUGUUGUAUUUAUGGUCGGCGGUGGCAAUUACAUUGAGUAUCAGAAUCUGGUCGACUUUAUCAAACAGAAGCAGACGUCCAAUGUGAACAGACGCAUCAUCUAUGGUGCCUCAACGCUCACGAAUGCGCGACAAUUUCUCAAGGAGCUGUCGGCGUUGGGUGGCGAGAUUCAGACGCCCGCUGCGAGUUAGGAGCGACUGAUUGCCUUUCACUGCUGCUGAGCGGCCUAAAGGGAUCGAGGAGGGAUGCAACAUCAACAUCAAUAGCAUCAGCAACAACAAUUACAGCAGUAGUAAUGUGUGUGUUUGUGUGCGUGUGGCUUUUUCUUAUAUAUUUUUAAGCAUAUCCAAAAAUAAAU